GACACGGGGCCCAUUCCCUUCUCCGGCAGCAGGGCCAGUCCGCGCGCCUGGAGCGUCAGCCGGUCCAUGGGCAGCGACCACGAGCGGCCGUGGGCGAAGGUGCUGCCGCUCAGCGUGCUCUGCACGGGGCUGUUGCUCUGGUGUGUGUUCCGGGAAGAAACGGAGAUCGAUGAGCGAUUGGAAGCAAUUUUCUCCGGCCAGAUCGCGGACUCUUUAGAUACGGCCCCGGAGAGCGAUGCUCCCUUGCAGCUGCAGAAGGAGAAGUGA